AUGCGGUUGAUGUCAGAACCGUUUUCUGCUUCGUUUUACUUUGGACCUCAGAGACAAAGCUGUCGCUAUGAAUCAAAAGAGGCUGAUUCCAAAGCGAGUUACGAAAACGUUGCCAGGGAAAUUCUGAAUCAAGCUAAUGACGAUAACAUUGAUUUGCUUUUUGUCAAGGAUAUGGCUUGUUACAUGAAAGGAAGAUUGGGUUUUUUAAAGGAAUAUUUUCAAGACGCGAAACAUUCUUUUCUUAUUCGAAAUCCAAAGAAGUCGAUUCCUUCCCAGUAUCGCGCUAGUGAAAAUCCAGAAAUCCAAGAUUCCGGUUGGAAUUACUUUGACCCACAAGAAGCUGGAUUUCAGGAACUUUUCGAAAUGUAUUCGUUUGUCAAAGAUAACCUUGAUGCCAAUCCAGUUGUUGUAGAUGCCGAUGACCUACUCGAAUCGCCGAAGCAGAUCAUGAAGGAGUAUUUUGAUCGAGUUGGUAUCAAAUAUGAAGAGCAUAUGACUACAUGGAAACCUGGCGAAAUAAUCCAAGCCUGGCAAGAUGUUUGGGUUAUAGCAUGGCGAAGAGGGGCUUUAAACAGCAGCGGUUUCAUCAAAUCUGACACUUCGUCAAGUAAACCAGAAAUAGAGUAUCCAUCUGAUGUUGUCAAAGCUAUGGAAGAUAGCCAGGCAUUUUAUGAUAAAAUAUUUUCUGUUCGACUUAGGUUAGCAUAAAAGUUGAGUCGUACGAAGUAUAAGUCUAACGUGAUCACCAUGGUUAGUGCUUUAUUGUAUACGCUUCUCCUCGUAAUCAUGGAAAUUUAUUCAGUUUAUUCUAUUUAUUUCGGUGUUGGGCAUUUUAACUUUAUUCAGGGAUAUAUGAUAUAUAAAUACGUUUGUUUUUAGAUCGGUUCGGAAAUCAAAAGUUCCACUAUAUCUCAAAUAUCUUUUGUUAAGGGACAAAGGAUGGUGUUUACAAGUUGUCAGAAUGGCUGGACAAACUGGCAAACCUUUGCUGGUCUGUUAAGUCUUUGACUAAAGAGUUUUGUACCGGCCUUUUAGGUGUUGUGGUCAAUCAGAAAACAGAAGUUGGACGCACGGAUAAUUGUACGAAACAUCAUAAGUGUAGUUUCAGUCUUUCGCAAUUACAGGUUUAACUGAGGUUAGGAAACACCUCUUCAAGCUUUUUUAAGGAACAUGGAAACAAGUUCGAUAGAUUUAAACAAGAGCCAUAAUGGCAUUGGCUCUUGAUAUAAAUAAUAACUUCCCUAAAUCUUGUUGGGGCUGCGCGACCUAACACCUUAUUUCUUUGUUCUCAGUUAGGCUAUUUUCAGCUAAAUUUCACUUACUUUCCUACUUUCAAACUAAAAUUUCUUUCGACUGAAUCUUAGGAAAAUUUGGUUUCUUUCAAACCAUCGCUGUACUUUCUUGUAUAGGAAUUUGGCUAUAAGAGAUAUUUUCAGUUAUGCAAAUUUUUUCCACACGCAGCUGAAUUCAACUAAAUUCGGUAUCUUUUGCUCUAUCAGUUCUACCACCUCCUAAAAGCUAUUUUCUGCAUAAGAAUACUGUUCACCUUUCUUAGAAACCACUUAACUUAAUAGAUUAGUAUAAAUACGACCACUUUGUAAACUUAACUUCGCUUAGUAAAUCUUAGUAAAUCUUGGAACUCAGACUGAACUAUAAGAAGCUCAGGAAUAAACCGUUGUUCAACUCAACUUCCUGUGUACCUCGACGCUCUCAAAAUCUGUACCCGUACACAUGUCUCAUUUAAUUCUUAAUUGUUUUUUUUUUUCGGUACACUUUGGUUCAGUGUUCUUUAAGAAAAUACAAUAAAAUCAACUCUCUCAUAACGGAGAGCUAGGCUAAAGACCGCCCCCCCUAAAUGAACCCUGUAUUCUCCCGGCAACUGUGUGGUGCACAUUUAUUUCUUGACGUGGUCAAGUAUUGUUGCUGCUAGUUUUAUCCAUUUCUGGGAUCUGGGCCAUAAAUCUCAAAAAAGUAACUGUUAAUAUGUUCUUUCUAUUCUGUCGUUAUCAUCUCUGGAUGAAUAAAAGGGAGAAAAAAAUAUAAAAGAAUAAGGAUUCUUAAAUACGUGCUGUCCCCAAAUUAGUACCUGAUCCACACCCAGAUUGUAAAGAGUGCAGAGAGGAGGGUUCUUCCGUCCUCUCUCUUCACCCUAGCCUUUUCCAGGCUUCAAGAUAGUGGUGAAAAGUCGUUCAGUGAAAAGGUGUAAAAAGAUUUGAAAUGCGAAAAACGCGCGGGGGCUGGGGAGAGACAUUUUUCCCGCUGCCACCACCCCCUUUCCCAAGUCGCGCGCGUCUUAUUUUCCUUCUGCUCGUUUUAAUACGUCCUCACUAAAUAAUCUGAGAGCCUGGCACAGGCUAUCUUCACCCCGACACCCUCACCCUCUCGUCUGAACGCCUGGAACAAGCUACUUGUCCUUUUUCGUAAAUAUCUCUCUCAGUUUGCUUAAACACAUGUCUUUUCGUGCCCGUUUACCAGCGGAUUCGUGUAAAUAUAGCUAUUUAGGCCUUUGGUUUGGGCGCCUUAUCGCAUCGCAGAGUUUGUUUUCGUAACGUGACACUAUUGACAGUUCUUGCGUGACAAAAGCACGUGACCUCGGAUACAAAAAGAGUUUGAUGAGAUAAAAUCCUUCCUUUCACUCUGGUUUUGAUAACCACUUGGUCAUUUUCUAAACAACGUUCCCACGAGUUCUUUCUAUAGACUGAUAGUAAUUAUUCUAGUGCUUUCCAACAUGUAAAUAGGACAUUCAAUGUCAUUUUCGAUUCUUUCAAGUCCCACUGCCUAACUAAUGCCAGUAUCAACAGAAUGUGCCGCAGCAUUACUAUCUUUUAGAUACCCUAGUUAUUGAUUUAUUUAUUGAACAGAAGUAAAAGGACCAUCAGAGAGGAGUUAGAUCAGUUGCGUCAAAAAGUGAUAGUUACGAGGGGAAUAUAGUUUCCUAAUUCUUCAGCAGUUUCUCCAUCUUGUCGGCGGUUUCUUAUAAAUGUUUGAGAAAUUCUUUUGCAAACAAUUACAAGAGGUGGCUGUGUGAGGAAAGCUUGAAAACCCCCCUCCUCGCGACCCAUUUUAAUAUAUUUUGAAUUUAGAAGCAAGCCUUCACUAAUUACUGUGAUUUGCAUGGACCCUCACUCGCCCAACAAAUUAUUUGCGACAAAAUACUGUUUUCUCAUACUCAGAGAUGAUACGAGUUCCUUUUUCUUUCUUUCUUUAUUUUUCGUUUCUUUUUGUUAUUUUACGUUAUCAUUAACUUUUAAAAAAAAUUUAUUAUUAUUAUUAUUAUUAUUAUUAUUAUUUCAUGAAAAUUAUUUUUAUUUUUUUCCGGGAUGUUCCGGGAUUUUCCGGAAUGUUCUGGCAUGUUCCGGAAUGUUCCCUGUUCCGGGUUAUAUCGACGCCCGACGUCCUCGGUUGAGCAGGUGUAAGAAAUACGAGCUCCCCUAAAAACGCCUGCGUGGGAGGCUACACUUACUUCUCGUGACUACAUUGUGAAGCCCUCUGGUAGUUUGGUCAGUUUUCUUCAGGGCAAGCUAGGUUCUAGUUUGGUGAGUUUUGACUAAAGCGUUCUACUCGUUUUAGACCGUUUUAUGUCUUGUUGUUGUCUUUUCAGUGGAACGAAAGAUGUCUUACUCAGGGAACUUUGAUAUUCAUAUCAAUAGUAGCUUAUAGUAGCUCACCAUCUAAUUUACAUUCGAUUUUGAUCGUCAAUUUGUAGUUGCUCAGCCGUAUUUGUAUGCCCCUAGGUCUUCUGUUAAAACUACGUGCACCAUCUUCCGCAUCCGUGUCAUGUAAUUAAGCUAAUGUUUACUUGAGUCGUGUAAAGACGCGUUCAUACUCCUUCUCUGUGCGUUCAUCACUUCAUGGUUAACUGCGCAGGGGUGGUUGUUGUUGUUGUUAUGUUAAAGCAUAACGCUUCUGCAUAUCGCUUUAACUCGCUUUUUACCAUCUGACAGGGGCACCCAGCGACUUUUUUCUGCAAAAUAACUGUUCGAAGAAGCAAACAUUGCCUUGAAAUUUGUAAAGCUUGAGAAAAGCUAAAAAUUUCUGGAUAACCAUUCAAUUCGUCUAAAAUAUUCGGAGGUUUUCUAAUAGCUUAAGGCUAUGAUUUUCGGAGUGUGUUAUUCACAUUUCACGGCAUCCGAACAGAUAACUAGGGCGACUCGAAAUUAACCAAGCAGGCUUCUAAAGCAUAGGGAGAACCAUCCGAGAUACUUCCUGGCGUAUUUGAAAACAUUCGGUCGUUGGGUGCCCCUGAUCUGAACGGAUAGCACAGGCUUUGUAUUGCCACGCAAACUGAGUGCAUCUUUUCUAUUUUAAAUUAUUAUAUAUUUAUGAUAAUUAAUUCGUUUUUAUUUAUUUUUUAAUGAAAGUUUAAGGCUCACAAAGAUACUUUACAACCGUUGUUACAGUGAUAUGGGCAUCCCCGCGUUUUGGGCAUCCCCAUUCCAAAACCUUAGUGAUAUGGGCACCCCCUUCUCAUAUUACUUCAGUGAUUUGGGUUAGUGUUAGGGUUCAGUUACAGGGGAUGCCCAUAUCACUAGGGUUUUGGGGAUGGGGAUGCCCAUAUCACGGUGACUGUCACUCCGUCAUACCGAAUUUUGUUCCCAACUACUGGGACGAGCGGAGACAUGGAACUUACUAUGGCUCAAGGAGCCAAUCACAAACUUUGCUAUUUCAUUGGUGGAGGAAGUUGCUGCUGAUUAUUCUGCUUAUUCGAGUCUAUUUAUGUUUGUAGCAUUUGCUCUUCAUUUAUUUCUGAUUCCUGUUAACUCGUAGUUUACCACCAUGACAAGCACAAUCCCAAAGAAGCAUGUUUUCCUGUGGACAGCUUUUAGAUCCUGUUCAUCUGCGUUUGAGCGUUCGAUUUUGACUUUACCCCGCAUGCGGUUGAUGUCAGAACCGUUUUCUGCUUCGUUUUACUUUGGACCUCAGAGACAAAGCUGUCGCUAUGAAUCAAAAGAGGCUGAUUCCAAAGCGAGUUACGAAAACGUUGCCAGGGAAAUUCUGAACCAAGCUAAUGACGAUAACAUUGAUUUGCUUUUUGUCAAGGAUAUGGCUUGUUACAUGAAAGGAAGAUUGGGUUUUUUAAAGGAAUUUUUUCAAGACGCGAAACAUUCUUUUCUUAUUCGAAAUCCAAAGAAGUCGAUUCCUUCCCAGUAUCGCGCUAGUGAAAAUCCAGAAAUCCAAGAUUCCGGUUGGAAUUACUUUGACCCACAAGAAGCUGGAUUUCAGGAACUUUUCGAAAUGUAUUCGUUUGUCAAAGAUAACCUUGAUGCCAAUCCAGUUGUUGUAGAUGCCGAUGACCUACUCGAAUCGCCGAAGCAGAUCAUGAAGGAGUAUUGUGAUCGAGUUGGUAUCAAAUAUGAAGAGCAUAUGACUACAUGGAAACCUGGCGAAAUAAUCCAAGCCUGGCAAGAUGGUUGGGUUAUAGCAUGGCGAAGAGGGGCUUUAAACAGCAGCGGUUUCAUCAAAUCUGACACUUCGUCAAGUAAACCAGAAAUAGAGUAUCCAUCUGAUGUUGUCAAAGCUAUGGAAGAUAGCCAGGCAUUUUAUGAUAAAAUGUUUUCUGUUCGACUUAGGUUAGCAUAA